GUGUGAUUUAUCACUCCAGAGAACACGUCUCCAUUGCUCUAGAGUCCAGUGGCUGCAUGCUUUAAACCACUGCAUCCAACACUUUGCAUUGCACUUGGUGAUAUAAGGCUUGGACGCAGCUGCUUGGCCAUGGAAACCCAUUCCAUGAAGCUCUCUAUGCAAUGAUGUGGUGCUAAUCUGAAGGCCACAUGAAGUGCACUGUGCACUUCAGCAUGUGCUGACCCCACUCUGUCAUUUUAUGUGGCCUAUCACUUCGUGUCACUGUUCUUCCCAGUUGCUUCCACUUUUUUUUAUAACACCAUUAACAUUUCACCGUGGAAUAUUUAGUAGCAAGGAAAUGUCACGGUUGCACAGAGUGACCCAUUCUUUCACAAAUGUUUGUAGAAGCAGUCUACAU